AGUACUCCGGGUGUAGCCGGGUCAAUCAGCAAAUCAGAACACCAACAUGGCUCUCAAAAGAAUCCAGAAGGAACUCCAAGAUCUCGGCCGUGAUCCACCCGCACAAUGCUCCGCUGGACCAGUUGGUGAUGAUUUGUUCCAUUGGCAAGCUACGAUUAUGGGCCCACCAGAGUCUCCCUAUCAGGGAGGUGUCUUCUUCCUCACUAUCCACUUCCCAACAGACUAUCCAUUCAAACCACCAAAGGUUGCCUUCACCACUCGAAUUUAUCAUCCGAACAUCAAUUCAAACGGAAGCAUCUGCCUUGACAUUCUCCGUUCGCAGUGGUCGCCGGCUCUGACCAUUUCGAAAGUUCUGCUUUCGAUCUGCUCGCUGCUCUGUGAUCCAAAUCCGGAUGAUCCACUUGUGCCAGAGAUUGCACGCAUCUACAAGACGGAUCGUGAAAGGUACAAUCAAUUGGCGAGAGAAUGGACGCAAAAGUACGCUAUGUGAGGAGGCUAACACCAUUCAUACAAGAACGCAGCCAAACCAAUCAAUAAACCAUGUGUUUCUUUUCCCUCUCUGUGUCUCCCAUUCAUCUCCAAACCCUUUCCAUCUUAUUCAAUCCACACCAAACCCCGGCGAUUCCUCUUUUGUACUAUAAAUUGUGUUCUCUUUUUAUCGAUUUUGUUCUCCCCCACACAUUAUUCUCCUUCAAAAAAUACCCACUUUCAUAUUAUUUUCUGUCGUCAGCAAAGCGAUGUAAAAUAUAUAUGGUCUUUUAUAUUUCUUCCUUAUAAUUCAAAAGUAAAUCGAACGGUGUAGAUUGAUCCCCUCAAUUCUCUCUCAUCCCCUUUAAACUAUUUUGUCUCCAAAUCUCCCUCCUCCCUUCCUCUGAUUUUUCUCGAGAAAUUGAAAAAGGAUUUCUUCCAAACCACCACACAUUCGUUCUUCGUUUAUUUCAUCUGGCGGUCUGAGAAUCCUGAAUAAAUUACUGAAGAGCGU